CACAAUUUCUCACAUACGCUGCAUACACGUCGGAGCACCUGCUUUGUAGCCGCUCUGUCUGUGGAUCUUUUCGUGAGCAGCUCGUAGUGCCAACAUGCCUUCCUGUGGCUGGCUGUUGUUGUUGGCUCUGUCUCUGGCAACACUAACAGGGAACGCUGUUGGUGCUGUUGCAUACGAGCGAACGGAGAGAAACUGCUCCCUGUCCCCUCCGUAUCUCCCCAGCACAGCAGUAAAUACCACUCUCCAGCUGCAGGAGUUACGAGAGCGAAUGCUUCACGAGAAUAUCUCUGCCUACAUUAUCCCUGGCACCGACGCUCACCUGAGUGAGUAUAUCGCCCCACGUGAUGCCAGGAUGGCCUUCAUGAGCGGUUUUACAGGCUCUGCAGGCACCGCCGUGGUGACUCAGACCAAGGCCGCCCUGUGGACAGACAGCCGCUACUGGGUUCAAGCCGAGAGACAGAUGGACUGCAACUGGGAGCUGGAGAGGGACGUGUCCAUCAGCAACGUGGCGGAGUGGCUGAUCUCUGAGGUCCCAGCGGGCGGCGAGAUCGGCUUUGAUCCCUUCCUCUUCUCCCUCAAAACGCAGGAGGACUACGGCAUCAAUCUGGAGUCGAGCAAUCGCAGCCUCAAGUCUGUCCCUGAUAACCUGGUGGACCCACUGUGGACGGACAGACCGCCCAUCCCAUCUGAAAAGCUCCAGCGCCUGCCCGACAGAGUCAUACAAAGGUCCUGGCAGAUGAAAGUGGAUCACAUACGGAAUCAGAUAAGGGACAACCCGUACGAACCAACAGCUCUUCUGCUGUCAGCACUGGAUGAAACCGCCUGGCUGUUCAAUAUGCGCGGCAGUGACAUCCCAUACAAUCCCUUCUUCUACUCCUACACACUGCUCACAAUGGACCAGAUCUGGCUGUUUCUCCACAUGGACAGAGUGACAGAUGAACUGAAGGUGUACCUGAACGCCUCGUGUAAAGGGCCACUCUGUGUGCAGCUGAAAAGCUACGACUCUGUCCGAGAACACCUGAAGUGGUACGUGGCCCAGCCUGGCGUUAAAGUGUGGAUCGGCACAGAGUACACAAACUACGCUCUUUAUGAGCUCAUCACACCAGAGGAGAAACUGAUGACCAGCACCUACUCUCCUGUGUUGAUUACAAAGGCGGUGAAAGACGACACCGAGCAGCGAAUCUUGAGGGAUGCUCACGUGAGGGAUGCAGUGGCGGUCAUCCAGCUGCUGAUGUGGCUGGAGAAGGCGGUGCCAGAGGGGAAAGAGACUGAGCUGACAGCUGCAGAUUAUGUCAAUACGUGUCGCGGCAAACAGAAGGACAGCAAAGGGCCGAGCUUUGAGACGAUCUCUGCAAGUGGACCCAACGCUGCACUCGCCCACUACAGCCCGACAGCAGAAACAAACAGAAAGUUGACAGUUGAUGAGAUGUACCUGGUGGACUCUGGGGGCCAGUAUCUAGACGGGACCACAGACAUCACUCGGACUGUUCACUGGGGAACCCCUACGGCAAUGCAGAAGGAGGCCUUCACUCGAGUGCUCAUGGGAAACAUCGAGAUAUCUCGAACCAUCUUUCCCUCAGGAACACGAGGUGUAAACAUGGAGAUGCUGGGCCGCCGGGCUCUGUGGGAGGUGGGCCUGAACUAUGGCCACGGCACAGGUCACGGUGUUGGAAACUACUUUGGAGUUCAUGAGUGGCCUGUUGGCUUUCAGAGCAACAACAUUCCCUUCAGAACCGGCAUGUUCACGUCUAUAGAACCAGGAUACUAUAAGGAGAAUGACUUUGGGAUCCGGAUUGAAGAUGUUGCUGUGGUCGUGCCUGUAAAUACAAAGUACGGUCAUAACUUCCUGACCUUUGACACGGUGUCGCUGGUUCCAUACGACAGAAAGCUGAUUGACACUUCAAUCCUCAGCUCAGAGCAGCUCCAGUGGCUGAAUAAAUACUACGAGACAAUCCGGAAGCUGGUGGGUCCUGAGCUGGACAGACAGAAACUCCAUGCAGAGAAGGACUGGAUGCUGAAACACACAGAGUCCUUGGUGGAGUCUGGAUCUUCUGCGUCCGUCUGCUCCUCCUCGCUGACCCUCCUCGCUCUGGCCGUCGCUCUCUUACACAACGUCCUCUGAGCAUCUUCAUCUCUCCGACACUUUCACAGCAGACUUGUGCACUAAUGUUAUCCCUAUGCAGUCUCUAACGAGCAGCUAUCCCAGGUUUCAGAGAAGCACUGCAAUUUAGCAUUUUUUUAAUUGAAGAAUAUAUAUUUGUUUGAUAAUUUAAUUGUGGGGAAAAUGACUGAUAUUGUGGUGUUUACAAUGAUCGUUUGUGUGAUUUUUGAUGUUUUAGCUUUUUGGUUUCUAAUCUGGACAUUUGUAUGACCAGUUGAUAUAAUUUCUAUUUUAUUAAAGUAACACU